CACACUUUCUCUCUUUGUACUUUAAGUUACUACAUCCCCUUGAGUUCAGGGGAAACGUGGUACAUAGUCCCACUGAAGAGACUGGGACUUCACGAGGAGUGAAGAAAAAAAUGACAUUCUAGGGGUUAUAAAUGUGGGUUAGAGACUCUUCAGUUCAUAUCUUUGCUGCCUACAGAUACAUAUGGUUCUUUUUUUUAUUGCAGGAGAAGCCUACUAACCCAGAUAUACCUAUUUGACUGGCAAGGUGUGGAUUAUGGAAGAACAACUGAUAAACAACUGCAUCCUUGAUCAAUUUAUUAAUAGCCACGAGCAGUCAUACGAAGAGUUUCUAAGCACAUUCACUUAUCUUUUGAAAGAAGAAGAGAGGAAGAUGAUUCAAGGAUGUAAAAAAUCCUUAAGAAAAUCAUUUUCUGAUUCUGACAUCUCAAAUGGAGAUAAACAGGAUGGUUUACCUGAAAGAAGCAAUGAAAAGCUCAUGUCUUUCCCACCACAGACUCCAAGUGAGAAUAAGAUGGUCAUAAAUGAGAGCUGGAAAUCUGGUGACUCUGAUGGAAAUGGCCUCAGUCUAUCUGAAAGAGCUCAGGUGGACCAUUACUUAGAAACAGACAUGGAUGGAGAGCCAUGCAACGGGUCAUUUGUUCUUCCAGGAGAGGUGGAAGAGAUAGAGACUUGCUGUUCACCUUCUUUUGAAAAGUCUUUUCAGCAGAAGCUCAAAAUCUCCUCAGUUCAACAGCCACUGGACAAAAAAGCAGAAGAGCUACUGGGAGAUGAUGUUCAACCAUUCUCACUUGAUGAAGAAUUUGAUUAUGACAAUGUGGCACUGACCUCUAAGUUCUCUGAAGCUGAGCUGAUGCCCAUGUAAGAAUUGUCUCAAGAGAAGGGGAGAGGUGUAAAGUCCAGCAGGAGCUGAAGAUUGAAUCAGAUGCACUCUGAAUGGCAUUUUGUGCAAUGCUGGUGAAAUAGCAUUUUAGAGAAUAAAUCUUACUUCUUGUACCCUUACUAAA